AUGGAGGGGGAGUAUGUUCCAGCUGUCAUUUUUGACAACGGAUCAGGCCUAUAUAAAGCUGGACUAUCCUGUGAUGUUGCCCCAAGAUCAGUCAUCAGCUCAGUUAUUGGUCGUGCUAAACCACAAUUCGGUUUAGUGGAAGCCUACAGAAAAAACUACUAUGUUGGUGAAGAAGCUCAGGCCUUAAGAGGAAUCUUAACGUUGACAUACCCCAUCAAACAUGGCAUUGUAACAUCCUGGCCAGAUCUGGAGAAAAUCUGGAAGCACAUUUUUGACUGUGAACUUCACAUUAAAUCCAGUGAAAGACCAGUCUUACUAUCUGAAGCUCCUCUUAACCCAACUGACAACCGUGAGAAGAUGGCAGAGGUGAUGUUUGAGAGCUUCAACGUCCCAGCUAUGAGUGUAGCAAUACAUCCUACUCUCUCUCUCUAUGCAAAUGGACGCACAUCUGGCUUGGUCAUGGACAUUGGAGAUGGUGUCACCACCACAUUUCCCAUUUUUGAAGGAUUUUAUCUGCCUCAUGCUGGAAAUCGUCUUAACUUGGCUGGCCAGGACAUCACAAAUUAUUUCAUGAUGCUUCUUAAGGAGAUUGGACUUUCCUUUGUCAGCAGUGCAGAGAAAGAGAUUGCUAGAGACAUGAAGGAGAAGCUUUGCUAUGUGGCUUUAGAUCCAAAGGAGGAGUUGAUAAAAGAUCCUAAAGAAUGUUUAACAGAAUACACUCUUCCAGAUGGGAACGUCGUUACCACUAGCCACCAGAGGUUUCGUGCCCCAGAGAUACUAUUUUCACCAUCUAAUAAUGGGGUGGAGGCCUCCGGUGUGCACACAAUGAUCUUUGACAGCAUUCUCAGAUGUGCCAUGGAUAUCAGAAGGCCUCUAUUCAAAAACAUCCUGUUGUCUGGUGGUUCUACCCUUUUCCCAGGUCUUGAGGAUAGAAUUUACAAAGAAAUCAGAACCCUGGUACCAGAGACUGUUAAGGUAAAAAUUAUUGCCCCAAAUGACAGGAAAUUUGCUGUGUGGAUUGGAGGAUCAAUCUUGGCUAGCCUACCGUCUUUUAGGGAGGCGUGGGUCACGUCCGUAGAUUACAAAGAAUUUGGCCCAGCCAUUGUACAUCAGAAAUGUGCCUGA